GACUAGAACCAUGGCGGAAGAAGGAGGUGCAGCGACAUCUGCAGAAAAUGAAGAAAACUUAAACUCAAACGAGUCCCGUAAGUUCUCCCAGGAUCUCAAGAGGGCUCUAGUCACCAGUGUCCUAAACCUAGAGACACUUGAUGUAGACUUGUACCGAGGGACACAUCAUUGGGUUCCCAAUACCCAGCGCCUAUUUGGAGGUCAAAUAGUUGGCCAGGCUCUUGUGGCAGCAGCAAAAUCAGUCGGCGACAGUCUCUUCGCACAUUCUCUUCAUUGCUACUUUGUACGAGCAGGGGACCCCAAAGUGCCAGUGCUGUACCAAGUGGAGCGCAUAAGAGAUGGUCGCAGUUUCUCAGUCCGCUCUGUCAAAGCAAUUCAGCAUGGAAAGCCCAUCUUCAUCUGCCAGGCCUCUUUUCACCUUUUACAGUCCAGUCCUCUUGAGCAUCAGUUCACCAUGCCUGUAGUGCCUCCACCAGAAGACCUCCCAUCUGUAGAGGAGCUAAUCCAAUUUUAUUUGAACAAACCGGAUCUGACAGAAAACCUGAGACGGGGUCUUAACAAACUGCUAGCAAGUGAGGUCCCCAUUGAAAUAAAGCCAAUCAGUCCAUCAACAUUCAACAGAGCUACUAUAACUGAACCAAAGCUGAUAUUUUGGGUGAGAGCUCGGGGAUUUAUAGGUGAAGGAAACAUGAAACUGCAUUGCUGUGUUGCUGCAUAUGUAUCAGACUAUGCUUUUCUGAGCACUGCCCUCCUGCCAUAUCCUAAGCACAGGGUCUUGUUCUCUGCCUCCUUGGACCAUGCCAUGUGGUUUCACAGCACUUUCCGCAGUGAUGAGUGGAUGCUGUAUGAGUGUGAAAGCCCAUGGGCAGGAGGCAGCCGUGGGCUGGUCCAUGGCAGAAUGUGGAGGAGAGAUGGGGUUCUGGCAGCCUCAUGUUCACAAGAAGGUGUUCUCAGAGUGAAACCAGGAAAUCUGAGCAGCAAACUGUAACUGUGUGUAAAUGUUACUUUUAGUAAAUUAAUUCUAUUGAUUGUGAUUUUAUUUUUAAAACAUAUUUAUUUAUGCGCUAACAUGUUUUAUACUAAUCUAUAAAAUAAAUAAAUAAAACAUGUUUGUUUGCUGAAUUUA